CUCAAUUUGAAUACCCCUAGGUUCGUUCCGACAUGGCUGCCAGAGCUCCAGCACCAGUCCGCGGAGGAAAUACCCGCUUUGCCCAGUUCAAGCUGGUAUUGCUAGGGGAAUCCGCCGUGGGAAAGAGCUCUCUCGUUCUGCGAUUUGUCAAGGAUCAAUUUGAUGAUUACCGUGAAAGCACCAUCGGAGCCGCUUUCUUAACACAAACAAUUUCGCUCGAUGACACUACCACUGUGAAGUUCGAGAUAUGGGACACAGCAGGCCAGGAGAGAUACAAGUCACUGGCACCGAUGUACUACCGAAAUGCUAAUUGUGCUGUGGUGGUCUAUGAUAUUACACAAGCUUCGUCGCUGGAUAAGGCGAAGCAGUGGGUGAAGGAGCUCCAAAGACAGGCUAACGAGAACAUCAUUAUCGCUCUUGCGGGCAACAAGCUCGAUUUGGUCACUGACCAGCCGGACAAGCGCGCGAUCUCCACCGCAGACGCCGAGGCAUAUGCAAAGGAAGCCGGACUCCUUUUCUUCGAGACUUCAGCAAAGACCUCAGAGAACGUCCGAGAAUUGUUUACCGCGAUUGCGAAGAAGCUGCCAUUGGACCAGGCUGGCCCGAGGAAUCCAAGAGCGGGUGGACGAGCAGGCGUGGAGUUGCGAGCCGAGUCGGCUGGAACACAAGGAGGCGGUCCCGCAUUUGAGGCUGGAGACUACUGCAUCAUCGCUCCUAAACCUUGGCGAGGAGCUUUGCGAGCUCGGUCCAAAAACGUUCCAGCAUUUUCCGACGACGCGCCUUACAACAUCACAAACCCAACCACUCUUUGUCGCUCAACGCAGCCCGUCAUGCUGCGAGCUUCGAUUCGGUCGUCGAGGGCCAUUGGUUACAAGCCCAAUGUAACCAGUGCUGCGCGGCAAUGGCACGCGUUACAAGCUGGCCGGGCGAUUUCGGGUCAAACGAGAAGUUACGCCGAUAAACCAAGCAUCGCAGACUCGACCCCCGUUGUCCUUCCAGGCUCUGCCAGUGCCAGCACAAAUGAACCGCCGCCUCCAGGGCCUGUAGCAACCUCGUUGAACUCGAAAGCAGCAUCUCCUACGCCAUCCACUCCUUCUGCUUCUACAAUCCCACCGCAAAACGUUCCUCUCACGCCUCCUCCGCCGGGAAAAACAACUUCAGGCUCGCCGCCGCCUCCAUCUCCUCCUCCACCCAAACCGAAGAGAAGACUCCGCAAGUUCUUCACCACACUGCUUCUCCUUUCCACACUCGGGUUUGGUGGAGGCGUUUACUAUUCUAGGGUCAACGAUAACUUCCACGAUUUCUUUACGGAAUAUGUUCCAUUCGGCGAGGAGGCCGUGCUUUACUUUGAGGAGAAGGAGUUCCGGAAAAGAUUCCCAACCAUUGGGAACCGAAUCCGCCCUAGAGACACUGGUGAACAAGUCAGGAUACCGAGUCAGAGCGGUGUGUCAUGGAGGGUAUCUGAGGACACUUCUUCUUCUAGACAUGCAAACGCCACAAAGCCAGGGCAGAAGCCUGCAGAGGCGGUAGCUAAAGCCGAAUCAGAUCACAGCAAAGCACCAACAGAGGCUCCAGCAAAGCCUAACCACCCGGUCGCAAAGGAGGCAGCACCAGCUCAGAAGUCGCCCGAGGCAGUCGCUUUUGUAGCACCUGAGGUGGACCAGCCCUCCAGGUUCCCUCCCGAGGUCACGCGCAUUGACCCCAUCAAUAUCGAAGAUGCUAAGGAGCCUCUGGUUCAGGAUUUGGUCAAGAUUAUCAAUGAUAUUAUCGCAGUUGUCAAUGCCGACAAUGAGAAUUCCAAAUUCUCUACCACCAUUGGCAAAGCAAAGGACGAAAUUUCCAAGGUCGGAAGCAAAGUCAAGUCUCUGAAAGCCGCCAUUGAAGAAGAAGCCAAUGCCAAGGUUCAAGCUUCACACGCAGAAUUUGACAAAGCCGCUCAAGAGCUCGUCAAACGCAUCGAGAGCGAGAUGGCGAGUCAGGAGGCUCGAUGGAAAGAGGAAUACGAGACUGAACGCCAAAAGCUCCAACAAACCUACGAGCAAAAGCUCAAGGCCGAGAUUGAUCGAGCGAACGAGGUCAAUGAACAACGUCUCCGCAACGAGCUGCUUGAGCAAGCUGUGGAAAUGAGGCGCAAAUUCACCGCCGAGGUUAAGGACCGCGUGGAAGAAGAGCGCAACAGCCGUCUGGGCAAGCUCAGUGAUCUUUCCAACACUGUCAACGAGCUUGAGAAGCUCACCACGGACUGGAACUCCGUCGUUGAUGCCAACUUGAAGACCCAACACCUCCACGUUGCAGUCGAAGCUGUACGCGCCAAUCUGGAGAAAUCUCAAGUUCCUCGACCAUUCACCAAGGAGCUCGCAGCUCUGAAAGAAAUUGCCUCCGACGACCCCGUUGUCAACGCAGCAAUUGCAUCUAUCAACCCAGUCGCUUAUCAACGUGGAAUUCCAUCCCCCGCACAGCUCAUCGACCGAUUCCGUCGGGUUGCGUCGGAAGUCCGCAAAGCUUCUCUCCUCCCCGAAGACGCUGGUGUUGCAUCCCAUGCUUCAAGUUUGGUACUGAGCAAGCUCCUGUUUAAGAAGAAGGGCCUUGCCUUGGGUGACGAUGUAGAGAGUAUCUUGACACGCACAGAGGUUCUCCUCGAAGAGGGCGAUCUGGACGGUGCGGCCCGGGAAAUGAAUGGCUUGAGUGGUUGGGCAAAGACUUUGAGUCGAGACUGGCUUGGAGAGGUGAGGAAGGUACUUGAGGUGCAGCAGGCGCUGGAUAGCCGCUAG